AUGACGUGCCCGCUUUACGUGGGACUCAUGGGUUUGGACCAUAAUGAUUUCCUCAAUGGAGGACUACUCACUUACCAGAAGUGGGACCCAAACAGGCAGGCCCCCGACUCGUCGGCCAUGAUAAGAAACAGUCAAUUCUCUCAUUCUGGAAUACUAGGAGGCAAACUCAAGGUGUCAACGGGAGAUUUAGCUAAUGAAAUCGAUAGCGUGACUCUAGACGGCUCGGUGCACUCACCGAGUCUCUACCCGAGUGGCAACGUUGGGCAGAUCAAGACGCCGCUUCACCUGGUGAACCGCCAACAGUGGAAAGCGGUGAGCUGGCCCACUGAGUCACUGACCAACGAGUGUGCACGUGCUGGUGCUCUCUCCUCUGUGAUCUGCACCCGUGGAUGCGACUGGUCCUUGUCUCCAGGUAGCCCAGUGCUUCAAUUCUUUGGCACCAGCGCGCCGCCCAGCGGCCAUCGGGGACCACUGACUCGCAAUCCCGGCGCACUGUUGCAUGGCUCUGGAAGGAUUCAAGGGAUUCCCAAAGGCGCAAAGUUUUGGGGGUUGUGGCACUACAGAGACAGUAUUCCAUCUUCCAUGGAUUCACCUGUUUUCACUACGAGCGACUCUGCCAAAGAUUCUUUUGCCUUUGAGGCCCAGUCUUUCAGUCUGUUCCAGAGGAGACCCAACAGCCAAAGAAUGAGGCUGUGA